AUGUCUCAUGUGGAGGCACCAGCCCUUCGAAGUCUCACCCUGCGAGGCUUAAACCAUGAAGGACUCCGAGCUGGAGGCAUCAUGCAGGUUUUGGCAAGGCACAAGCUCCCUCUUGAAACCCUUUACCUCAGGAGAUUGACGUAUGAGACAAAUGAACUCUUGGAUUUCCUCUCCAGUGUUCCGACUCUGAUUAGAUUGUCUUUUGAAGAAUCCUGCCUUGGACGCGACGCUGUCGAGGGAAUGAAGGCGAGGCACCCUCGUACCAACACCAGUUGCCCGGCAUUGAUCAAACUUUUCAUAAAACACACUCGCACUGAAGAUAUUGCCAACUAUCACCCAUAUACCAUGACCGGCCUUCGAUCCAUGAUUCGCUCACGAUGCUACUCCGACUGCGUUUCCAAAAUCUCCAGUCUCAGCGUACAAGAUGCGCAUAUACGCAUCCUCCAGGAGACACGUGGCCAGUUCCGCGAAUACGUCAACGAACUCAGUCUGAACGACCAACCCGUCCAAAUGCAUUUCCAUGAUUCCGAUGAGAGUAACUUAGCCGGUCCACCGUUAUCUUCUGUGAACCAGGAGUUUGGAAAUGACUUCCCUUUUGAUGAGGAAGCCCCUUUCCUGGAGGACAUAACGAGCGGCCAUUUCAUUUUUGAUGGGGUUCCCGUGCAGUGGUCCAUUCAGCUCAACGACUAG